CAUGUGUGUAAAUUAUUAUUAUUUUUUUAUUUCAAUUUGUUUAGGUAUAAUGAUACGGGGUUUACUGUAAAUGGGGUUGAAUAUGAAGGAAGCUUGCUUUGUGUUGGAAAUUUGCUCAUGUCUUGGAAACCUAAGAAGUUUUCAGAGAUCACAGCCGAUAGCUUGUCACUCUUCCAAGUUAUUCGCCCUAUUCCAGAGAUUUUGAUUCUUGGCUGUGAGGACAUUCAACAUGUAGAUCCUGAACUGAGACGGUUUAUUCGAUCUACUGGCAUGAAAUUAGAAGCUGUAGAUUCGGUAUCUAUAUGAUUUAUUUGGUUUGAGACUUGUGCUUGAUUUUAUUAGUUCAUCUUACAUUGCUGGUUUGGUACUCAUUAUUAUGUUUUAUUAAGUAAUCUAAGUAAACUAGCACUUAGGAGGUCCUUGUAAGUUGUGGGUAUAGAGGGAGGCAUCAGAACUAUUAAACUUGUUUCUAAGAUUUAGAAAGAAAUGGGUUUAAGAGGAUAGACCAAGACUAGAAAAAAUGA